AAUGAAUUAUGUUUCACGCAGUCCUUAAGUCCCUAUCUAUUAACAAAUAAGGACAUUCGUUUAGGGUCUAGCCCAAAAACGAAACUAGAAAGUAGUAUUAAAUGAGGUUUAAUCUCUCAUUAAUCAAUUGGGUGUACCUGGUGAAUAGUAUUUCCUACUUUAACUCUUGGAUAACAUAGAAAUACAAAAGGAGAAGUAAUCACUCACACAGAAAGGGUAAUUUCUAGUAUAAUGGCUCCAAUAAGCUUCAUCUAAAUCCCAUUUUAUAGAUUACUUUUGUGGUGUGGCUGAAGCAGUGUGUCCCUAAUCCUAAUCCAUCACUGAAUAUUUAUGUGAAUUGUGUAAUGUUCUUAAAGUACCAUCUCUGGUUUAAAUGAUAAUGUGGUUGUCUAUCACAUUUUCUUCAAAUUAGAAUUUCUCUAAAGAAGGUAUAAAGAUGCUAAAGAAGAAGCUAUAAGAGCCUUUUUAAUAGAAAAAUAAUUUAUAGGUGCCAUAACAUGUAAUUCAUACAUUGUUAUAUCAACUCAGAAACAUUCCUGAAUUGACGGUAAAAUAUUUAAAUAAUAUUAGGAUCUUGAAUAAGAAAUAAAGAAUUUCAAUGAGUAUGUAUAAAAUACAAAAUAAGCUGAUUUAAAAUGUUUGUAUGAUGAUGGUAAAAAGUAUAUGAAAUUGGAUCCAGUAAACAUUGAAAUUCCUAAAAUUAAUGAAUGUAUUAAACCUGUAGAUAUUCUAAGAGAAUUAGGACCUUAUACAAGCAAUUUAUCAUAAAUAUUUACAGAAUAUAGUGAUAGUGAUAUAAUGGAUUGUUUAUUGUAUUUAGCCAAUAAUCAAGGUGACGUAGUUCCUCAAGAAGUUUAAUAGUUGUUUAAAUUAACAUAAAAUACUUAAUAACCAGAUUGGGAUUAAUUAUUAGUUGAAUAAAAUAAAUAGUAGGAAGAUGAUUUUAUUAAAUUCUUUAUUAAUGAUAACAAUAAAAGAUAGUGGUCUUAAGUAUUUGAGAAAUUAGAUAGACCUAAUUUAGAAUUUUCAACAUAAGGUUUUAAUAAUUUAAUGGGUUUCUUGGCCAAAAUUAAGAAAUAAUAAUCUUAAUUUUAAUUACCACAUAGAUUAUUAUUUGAUAAAUGGCAUAAUAAGAAAUCUUAGAUCACCUUUCUUUCAUCUAUGUUAAAAGCUAACAAACCUGAAUAAUUGUUUUGGAAUGAAAUUUAACCAAAAAAGUUAGUUAUUAUGGAACAUAAUUCUAAUUAUAAGACUUAAUAAUAAUUAUAAUAUUGGUAAAAUUUAGAAUUUGUUUAAAUGCUUAUAGAAUUAAGUGAAUAUGGAUACAUAGCUGAAAUUAGAGAUUUUUUUGAUCAACCAAUUCGUUAAAAUCCAGAUUUAGUAAUUUUGGCUUUAUUCUAAAUUUCACCUACUUAAGGUGGAGCAUUAAUAGAUGAAUUAUUUACAUAAUUAUUUCCUAAUUAUGUAUCAUAACAUGCUAAUUCUUCACCAGUAUUAGAAUAAAUGUGGAAAUACAAUUAAAAUUUAUUUAUAACUGGUAUAAGUGAAUUGUAUAAGAAAGAAUAAGGAAAGAAAGAAAAUUCAUGUUUAAAUUUAUCAAGAGUAUUGGAUAUAGUUUAAUAACUCUUUCAAAAUUCUCAAUAGAAUAAUACAUCAUUGUUGACAAUGGCGAAAUUUGAAGAUUAUUAAUUUUCAGUUCCAUUAGGUAUUUUAGCAGGUAAGAGAGAAUAUUUAAAUUUUGAUAUUUGGUUGAAUGAAAGAAUUAAAUCUUAAGGUAUUCCUUUUGUAAAUGUAUUAUUACAAUAUAUAGAAGAAAAUGUUAUUCAAUAAAUUAAGGAAUAUCAAAUAAAAUCUGGAUUACCGAGUGGUUAAUUGGGAUAGAUGUAAAUUCAAUAAUUGGAUUAGAUAUUAGAUAAAGGAUAAUUGAAAUUAGAAAUGAUAACAAUUAUUUUUGAAUAAUUAAUGAAUUAAGGAGAUAAAUUAGGUAAUAAAAUAAAGCAAACAACAUAAUAAUUUUAUAAGGAAGUAGUACAAGUAUUUCCUUAAUUGGCAGGAUAACCAAAUUAAAAAACAAAUUAAGAAGUAGAAAGUAAGACAGACAGUUAUUUUGAAAGUUAUUAUAGUGAAUAGAUAAGUUUAGAAAACUUCUUAAAUUAAAUGAUUUAAUGGAAAACAUAGGGAAGUAUAUAAGAAAAAGAAGUUUAUGCUUGUAUAAUAACAAAUUUGUAUAAUGAAUAUUAAUUUCAUUUGAAAUAUCCUAAAAAGGAAUUGGAAUUAACAGGAUAAUUAUUUGGAGGAGUAUUGGAAAGAGGAUUAGUAGAAGGUUAAAGUAUGUAAAUAGGUUUGAGGAUAAUUUAAGUGUCAUUAAAGAAUAAUACAUAGAGAUAUGAUUUUGCUGUUAAAGCAUUAGAUGUAAUGAAAAAUAAAAUAUAUGAAUGGCCUUGGUUUGCAUAAGAUGUUAUGGCAUGUGAACAAUUAUCUUUUAAGAAUCCAGAUCUUUUGGCAGAGAUUAUAAGAGUGUGUGAAAAACAUGGAAUAAAAUCACCAUUAUAACCUGCAUAACCAAUAUAGACAGUUUUUCAUAAACCACUUUAAUUGGUUGCUUAAAAAGAAAAAUAAGAAAAAUAAGAAGAAGAGCCAGUUUAAUUGAUUUUAAAGAAGUCUGAAUCUGUUCCUGUUCAAUAGACAUAACCAUCUCCUAUUGUAGUUCCAGCAAUAGUACAACCAAUGUAAAUACCUAUAUAAUAACCAUAACCUGUUAUAAUACCAUAAUAGUAACCAGUCACUUAGAUUCCAUAACAUUCAUAAGUACAUGUAUUAUCAGUUACUCCUCCUCCUACUUUAUAGAAAUCUUCAUAAUUACCAGUUUAACAUACACCUCAACCUUAAAAAUAAAAAUAAGAUGAUAAUAAUACUAAUAUUAAUCUCACUUAUAAAUAAAUAUUAUAAGUUGAAUUUGAUGAAUUUUAAAGAUGUGGAGCUGAUUCAGAAGUCAAAGAGUAUUUUACAUUUACUUUGAACAGUAUCUCUUAAAAUAAUGUUGAGUAAAAGGCUGCUGAAAUAAGAUAAAAAUUAGAAAACUAAGAUGCUUUAUUCUAUUUCAUUAAAACAAUUGCUUAUUUACGAUCUCCAAUGGCUUAAUAGUAAGCAUAAGGUCCUAAUGUAAUGUGUUGUUUACUUGCUGCAUUAAACAAAUCAAAAUAUUUUUCAGAAGUAGCCAAAGAAGUCAGUAUAGGAUUAACAAGAUUAUUAACUUUUAAUAAAGCUAGUCCUUCUGCAGAUGAUCGAAGUACCAUAAAAAAUAUGGGUAGUUUUUUAGGUUAAAUCACUGUAUCCAGAGACAAACCUUUCUUGUUUAAAUAUUUUGAUUACAAAACCUUACUAAAAUAAAAUUAACUUACUAUAUAUCCACUUUGCAAAAUCUUGGAAUAGGUCAAAUCUAGUUAAAUAUUCACUAAGAAUAAUAAGUGGGUAAACAAAAUCUUAUAAGAAUUGGAUGCUGCUAAAGAAGCAUGCAAUACAAUGGCCAAAUAUGAGAUCAUGAAUCUACUUAAAUUAAUUGAAUAUACAGUCUAACCAAUUAAUCCAACUCCCACUCCAAUAAAUAUCCCUAAUCCUGUUGUCCCAACAAUAAUAUAACCUAUUGUUUAACCUAUUAUCGAUAUGGAUCCACUUAAUAAAUUAAAUAUUAAGAAUCUACCUUAAUAUGUAAUGGCUGAUUCCAAAAAUCUAAAUGAUAAAUUGAGUGAAGCUGAUUGCAAAACCCUUGUAGCUACAGCAUUAGAUCAUGCCAUAUCUGAUAUUAUUCCACCUGUUAUUAGUAGAAGUGUUACAAUAGCAUUAAUUACAACAAGAGAACUAGUUUUUAAAGAUUUUGCACUUGAACCAAAUGAAAAAUCUAUGUUAAGAGGAAUGCAUAUGAUAGCUUCUCACUUAUCAGGAAGUUUAGCUAUGGUUACUUGUAGAGAACCUUUAAAAGUUAGAAUCACUCAUUAUCUUAAAGAAGGAAUUGAAUAAAUUGAUAUUGAUAAUAAAACCAAAGAAACAUUUGUCUAAACUGCUGCUCAAGAAAACUUAGAUUUAGGAUGUGCUCUUAUUAAAAAAGCAGUUAUAGAAAGAGCAUUAGAAGAUGUCAAUUAAGAUCCUUCUAUUUUGGAAUAAUUAGAAAAAAGAUAACGAUGCAAAGAAAAGGGUUAAUAAUAUAGAGAUGAAAUAACUUAGAAUUAAUUAAAAUUCUUACCUGAACCAUUAUAACCUAGAAUCUCUGGUUUGACUGAAGAAGAAAUAAGAAUUUACGAAGAAUUUGGUACUAAGAAGAAACAGCCAAAAUAAUCUAUAUUGUAAAAGGUUUCUACUCUCUGUUAACUUCUCUAAGAUCCUUAGAGUAAUGAAGAAAAAAUAUAAUAACUCAUUUAAGAUUUAAAUGAAUAGGAAUAAUCAAAUCCUGAAUAAUUUUAUAAAGAUUUAGCUGAUAAAUUUUUAUAGGUCAUAUUAACUAAUAAUUUAACUUCAGAAAAAAUAUCUAUCUCUUUAGAUUUGAUAACCAUUCUUAUUAGAAAAAUAAAUGAAAAAGUUGGUAAAAAGUGGAGUGAAUUGGUUGCAGAAUUCAUUACUAAAAAUAUUGAACUUUUAGAACAUAGUCCAUUAUGGUGGUAGGCAUUCCCUAUAAUGUUGAAUAAAAGAUUAAUCUAAAGUUAAGAGGCUGAAUAAGUAAUGACUUAAAUUCUCACUAAAGAUAAUCAAAUGAAUGUUAGUUCAAUAGUAUACAUACUUAGAAAAGUGAUUAUUGAAGAAGACAACAAUCCAUAUUUAUAGUCAUUCAGAAAUAUUAUUAAAGAACUUAGUAAAAAGAAAGAUACUCAUCCUACUGUCUCUAAAUUCUUUACAGAACUUUCUAGUUAUGUAGCAAAUUCAACUUAAACUAAAGUAUUUUAAAAGAAAUUGAAUUUAAUCAAAGGUUUCUAUUCAAAGAUUGAUGAAGAAUUUUCAAAUAAAGUUUCUCUUAAAUUAAAAUAAUGGUACUAAUUAAGUUCAGAAGAAGAAUUCAGCAACUUUUUUAGAGUUGAAGGUGAAAGCUAAUUUUUUGUUGAAGAUUAAUUGAGUAAGUUUUGUGCUUAUGCAAUUGAAUUGAGUAUGACUGAUGUUAACAAAGAAUAUAUGGAUCACUCUUAAAUUGAAUAAUUAGGUAAAAUGCUUACAAUAAUGGCUAAAGGACUUGAUCCUAAAAUGAAACCUAAAUUUUUUGAAAAACUAUUUGAUGGAUGCUUAAUGGUACUCACAAAAUUACAUGAAGUUACUAAAUAGAGAUUUAAUUAAAGAUAAUUAUUCAAACUCUUUUAUAAUUUACUUUUUGAUUUACAAAUUUUAGAUGAAGAUAAUAUUAAAUUGUUUCAUAAUAAAUUUGCUGAAUUUUUAGAAAAGGUUGAACCAAGUCUCUAUCCUGGAUUUUCAUAUGCUUGGUUAGAAUUACUUUGUAAUAGAUAUUUCUAAUAAAUUAUAACUACAAAUGAAAAUGCUUAUGCAAGGUUGAUUAUUAAAUUACUAGAAUUUGUGAGAGAUACAAUUACUGAAGAAACUAUACAUUAUCAUUAUGUUUAAGAAUAUCUUAAAGGAGUUACAAGAUUAUUUAUGCUAUUAUUAACUGAUUAGAGAAAAUUCUGUAGUAAAUAUGCUUUUUGUUUUGCAGAUGAAGUACCUUUCAAUCAUGUCUAAUUAUUAAAUUUAAGCUUAGCUGCUUAUCUUAAUGAUCAAAUUGAUGAUCCUCAAUCUUGCACUAAUAUUUAUGAUAUUGCAGAUUCUCAAUAAUUUGGAUAAAUUGUUCAUGCUUGUUUUGAAGAACCUACUUAAACCAAAAUCAAAGAGGAAAUUCAAUUUAUGUUAAAUAUGAAUGAUGAAGAUUUAAAAAUCAAAGUAAGUAAGUAUUUUGAUUAUGAUCAAAAAUCUAAGUUACCAUGUAGCAUUUCUGGUUUCUUCCUUUUGUUACCAAGACAUGAAAAUCUUACUAUCCAAUAAUAAAGGGCAUUAUUGACUAGAAUAAUAAAGAAUUCUAGUUUUGCAAUUAGAAACAAUGUGAUGAAUGUAAUUUUGAAUUAAAUUCGUUAUCCUGAAAGGGCAACUGAAUUCUAUAUUCGAUACAUCUUAUCAUAAUUCAUUGUUGGUGAUAAUUUCUAAAUUUAAGAAUAAUUUACAACGUACUAUAAUAGUUUAUUAUAAUUAGAUUGAUCACUAAACGUUUCUUAUCUGAAAAUCCAAAGACUUGGGGAAUGCUAUAUUUGCAUGAAGAAUUAAAGAGAACUUAAUCUAAUAACAACCAAUACAAGAUGUAUUAGAUUUAAAGACAAUGACU